AUGAAGCUGCUCGCCCCCCUCCUCGCCCUCGCGGGCCUCCAUAUCGCAUCCGCGCAGCAACUAUCCAUCAAGUCCCCACGACCAGGCACCGUCGUCCACCGCAACACCCCCACGGCCAUGACGGUCCAGACAGAGAACAACGGCACCGUGCAGGAGGUCUCGGUGGUGCUCAGCAUCCUCCCCUGCCCGGACGGCUCGUGCCCCAACGCCGGCGAGGACCUGGGCACCAUCCUGUCGGUCGGCCCCUUCCAGCCCGUCGGCCAGCCGCCCGAGCAGACGUUCAACAUCACCAUCCCCGACUCCUUCCCCGUGGGGUACGCCGAGCUGGUCGCUACGCACUUUGUGCUGAGGGGGGACAAGCAUGCGCCGUUUCUGCAGAUUGCGGGCGAGAUUGUCAUUGUGGUGUGA